CAUCGUGCACUACACGCACUUGAUCAUGCGUGUGCUUAAACCACAAACAUCAAAACUAACUAACAACAUUAACAGCAACAUUCAACAACAACAACAUCAAUAACAUCAAAGACUAUGUUCCUUUGAAGUGUGUUCUGUUCUCUUCUUUCCAACCAUUUUCCUUUGAUAUGGGUAGGCUUGCACCAUUAUCAGAAGAACCUAUCAACGAAGAAAAUGAAAGAAAAUUAUCAAAAUAUAACUCAAAGAAAGGUUUUCAGUUAUGGAUGAAUUGGAGUUGGAUCAAGACUCAUUUUUCACUUGUUUUCAACAAAAAAUCUAACCUCAAGAUGCUUCUUAGUGUUCUUGGUUGUCCUCUUUUUCCUGUUCCUAUUCAUCCUAAAUCACCCCUCAAUGAGGUUUCGUCAUCGGCGCAAUAUAUUAUACAACAAUUCACAGCUGCAACAGGGUGUAGAAAGUUGGAGGGGACAGUGAAGAAUGUGUUUGCAACCGGAAAAGUGACAAUGGUUGUCGUGGACGAGCUUGGAUCCGUCGGUAGUGGUGGUGUUAAUGGAACAUCAGAAAAAGGGUGUUUUGUGAUGUGGCAAAUGGUUCCUGAUAAUUGGCAGAUAGAGAUUGUUGUUGGUGGCCAAAAGGUUCUUGCUGGUAGUAACGGCACUAUUGCUUGGCGUCACACACCUUGGCUCGGUGUGCAUGCUGCUAAAGGUGGUGUUCGUCCUCUUCGCCGUGCACUUCAGGGACUAGACCCUUUAGCAGUAUCAGCUGUAUUCAGUGCAGCUCAACACAUGGGGGAGAAACAAAUCAACGGCGUAGAUUGUUUCGUAUUAAAACUCUCAGCCGAUCAAAAGGACCUAAUCGAACGAAGCGAUAACACGGCCGAGAUGAUAAAGCAUGCUAUAUUUGGUUAUUUUAGUCAAAGAAGUGGACUUUUAGUGCACUUAGAGGACUCUUAUUUGACAAGGAUUCAAGCAAUAGGGACAAACCCUACAUAUUGGGAAACAACAAUGUCAACAAAAAUUGAAGAUUAUAGAGAUGUUGAUGGUGUUAUGAUUGCACAUGCUGGAUCAACAACUGUGAUGAUAACAAGGUUUGGUGAUAAUCUUAAGGAUGGACCUGCUAUUACUAGGUUGGAAGAGUCAUGGACUAUUGAUGAUGUUGCAUUUAAUGUUCAAGGGUUGUCUAUUGAUUGUUUCUUACCACCUCAGGAACUUAACAAAGAUUGUCCACAACAACAUCUUGAUUGGAGAUCAUCAUUGCAUAGAUGAUAUGUCAUAUAUAAAAAUAAUUCAUGGUUGUGUUUUUAAUUUUUAAUUUUUUUUAAUUAGGUUUGGAUUUGAAUAUGAGAAUGUGGUAGUGUUAAAACUAUUGAGAAGAGUUUUUGUUGCAUAUUCGUGUUCUGCACGGCUUGAGGGAUUAGGGUUGUGCACAAGGAUGCCCGAUUUAUAUAAAAUAACACUAAUUGUUACUUAACAUGUAUAAUGAAUGGUUUUUGUAAUUGUAUUAGAGU